AAAUUUUUAGAUGUUAGAACACUGUCCUUACGUCAGAGGUUUUGGCAGCCCGCGGGUGAACUAUUUUCUUCAUUGUUGACCUUUCCUAAAUCUAAGGUGUAUUUAUUUCAUCACAAUAAGAUUUCUGGUUGUGCAUUCACUAUAAAUCAUACAAAUUUAGUUAAAGUUUGCAACGAUGGAUUCGGAAGAUGACACGAAAGACGAUGUGGACUCGGGUAAUGAGUCUAGUGGAGACGAUGUCGACUUUGCAAUGGACGUUGAAACUCAUAGUACAAGGGAAAGACAAACUGAGCUUGAGGAGUAUCCUUACGAGGUUUUGUCUACAGAGGAGAUUGUCCAACAUAUGGUUGACUGCAUUAAAGAAGUGAACACUGUCGUCGAGAUUCCAGCAACAACAACAAGGAUCUUACUGAAUCAUUUCAAAUGGGACAAAGAGAAGCUUAUGGAACGUUUUUAUGAUGGAGACCAGGAUCAGUUGUUCUCUGAAGCUAGAGUUAUCAAUCCAUUCAGGAAACCUGUCAUACAAAGGCCAAAGCUUCCCAGGAGGAUAUCAACGUCUGGUAUGGAAGAAUGUGAAAUAUGUUUCUCAGUUUUACCAACCUCUAUUAUGACUGGGUUGGAAUGUGGUCACAGAUUUUGCACGCAAUGCUGGUGUGAAUAUUUAACUACGAAAAUAAUGGAAGAAGGCUUAGGUCAAACAAUAGCUUGUGCCGCUCACGCCUGCGACAUACUUGUUGACGAUGCGACCGUGAUGCGGCUAGUACGAGACUCUCGUGUUAAACUUAAAUAUCAACACAUUAUAACGAAUAGUUUUGUGGAGUGCAACCGGCUGCUGCGCUGGUGCCCGUCCCCGGACUGCAGCAACGCGAUCAAGGUGGCGUACGUGGAGGCGGCGCCGGUGACGUGCCGCUGCGGACACACGUUCUGCUUCGCCUGCGGAGAGAACUGGCACGAUCCGGUCCGGUGCUGUUUACUGAGGAAGUGGAUUAAGAAAUGCGACGACGAUUCGGAGACCUCAAAUUGGAUAGCGGCUAACACGAAGGAGUGUCCUAAAUGCAACGUCACCAUCGAGAAGGACGGCGGCUGCAACCACAUGGUGUGCAAGAAUCAGAAUUGCAAGGCCGACUUCUGCUGGGUGUGUCUUGGACCUUGGGAGCCCCACGGCAGCAGCUGGUACAGCUGUAACAGAUACGACGAGGACGAAGCGAAAGCAGCCCGGGACGCACAGGAGCGAUCCCGCGCAGCGCUGCAGCGCUAUCUGUUCUACUGCAACCGGUACAUGAACCACAUGCAGUCGCUGCGCUUCGAGUCCAAACUCUACGCCUCGGUUAAAGAGAAGAUGGAGGAGAUGCAGCAACACAACAUGAGCUGGAUUGAGGUCCAAUUCCUCAAGAAAGCUGUAGAUAUUCUCUGCCAGUGCCGACAAACGCUGAUGUACACGUACGUGUUCGCGUAUUACUUGCGCAAGAACAACCAGUCGGUCAUAUUCGAGGACAACCAACGCGACUUGGAGUCGGCGACCGAAACGCUCUCGGAGUACUUGGAGCGGGACAUCACUAGCGAGAACCUUGCCGACAUCAAGCAGAAGGUUCAAGAUAAAUACAGAUACUGUGACAGUCGGCGAAAAGUGUUAUUAGAGCACGUGCACGAGGGAUACGAGAAGGACUGCUGGGACUACACAGAGUAAACACAUUGCCUCUCUAUAAACUGUGUCGCGGGUCGCUAUCCUGCACCCGUUUGCACUUAAGGCUGAUUUACACAAGAGAGCUUCUCGUCUUGAAUUAUUCAGAAACGAGUAUCAAUCGGAUGAUAGUUUAAAGAUUUUGGCGCUUCGAGAAGCAGAACUUGUAAUGUUUGUUCCCACGACUAGCACUGCUAGUGUCGAAGAGAGUUUACGAAGAAGCUUAUGAAGAGAUUUAUAUCUUUGAAGAGAGUUCUUUUUGUAAAUCAGUCUUCACGCAAACUCGCGUGCGUUGUACGGACACAAAAUAGUGUCGUUGAAAUUUGUUAAAUUUUCGAUAACGUGUGACGUAAUUGCUCGCUAAUGCACGUAUUUCAAAAGAAUCUUAUUUUUUUUUUUUAAUAAAAAGAACACAAGUUCUACAAUUUUCAUCUAAUCGUUUCAUGAAAGCUGCGACAGUCACGGACGUGUUGCCAAUUUACGACCAUGACAAUUUUUGUAAAAAACGUCAUAAAUUCAAUUUCUAGAAAAUUAAAUUAUAUAUACAGUUAUAUAUAUAUGUAUCAUAAAAUUAAUACAAUAUUUGUAUAAUAAAUCAUUAUGACACUUGUCCAUAUAAAAUCCUUUUGACUUCGAAAUUCAAAAGGGUACAGUGAUUGCGUUCAACUAGGAAUAGUAAAACUAGGUACAUGAAAAUGUCACGAUACACUACUAACGCGAGAUGUGUGUGCAGUAUGAUUUUAAUAGUCUAAGAUCUCAUAAUGAUAACUUUUAAUCUAUAAAUUGCACCAAAUUUUAAAUAAAUACGAAAUAAAAACAGAUUCUACAUUGAAAACUAUUUUUUGUCAAUAUUACAUCCAAUUACGUUGGUUUACGUUCUAUCGUUGAAAAUUCAAUUAUUCUGUAACUUCAUAGUUGAAUAUUUUAUUUAGAGUAAUACGCUUGCGGUCAUCGUCAUUAUGAGUAAUUUCGAUGGAUUUCUCGAUAUCAUUUUCGAAUAAGAUACUUAGAUGUAAAUGUAAUUUAAUCAUAGUAACUACACUAAUCGCUGCACAUGAUUGCCGUUUGUUCACGGACGAAACAUUUGUAAUGUAAUUCGACAGAUGCUUUAGUGUUUCAGUGUAAUGUAUAGAUUAUUAUUAAACGUCGAUACUUUAAGUUUCGCGUGAUCUAGUUAUUUUAAUGUGCUUUUUUUUUUGAUUAAUAUGACCUGAUUUUUUUUUUUAUAUUGAAUAUAUUACAUGGUGUUUGUUUAGUUUUUAACUGUAACUCCGUCUUUUUGAAACUAAACAGCUUCCAUAUUUGAUGAAUUAGCGAAAAUAUUUGGCCGAGGGUGGCGAGGAAUUCUAAAUUUAACAUUUAAACUUUUGUUUCAUGUUGUUAGUUGUGAUUAGAGGUUUUUAUUCUGUGGUCGGCUUAAGUUUCAGCUCCGUGAAGAUUCCGUUUCCGUGGUGGCUAAGAGCACACUCCAUACUAUAAAUAGAAGCAUCUUUUAUUUAUAAUAAUAAAAUUAAACAUUAACUAUUUGUAGAAUAAAUACAGCUUUAUAAAGCUUUAUCUGGCUUACGCACUCUUUCUCAGAAAUUUUAUUUUUAUGAAAAAAAAUCCGUCAUCUUUUGUAAAAUAAUUCGCGUUCCACAACCCUGUUAAUAUAAAAGUGACAAGUCAGUUACAUAUAUGAGUCUUAUGAGUCUGUAGCACUGCCCGUAAAUUUAAUCUAUAAUAUAUGAAUAAAAAAAAAAAUAGAAUGGUUAAUUACUAUUUCUAUCUGUAAAGCGAUUCUCCUUUUUGUUUAGUAGCUAUUGACGAGCUUUAUUGUUAAUUAGUAAAAGCAAUUUGGAAAUAGUUAUGAUACAAAAAAAGAAUAUAAUAAAAAUGGAGGUGUCUGUGAUUAUGGGCGAAGUUUGAUCAUUGAUCGUGAACUAGUAUAGACAAACAAAUCAGGAGGCACAAGGUCGGAUCAACUUGCUUGCAAAAUCGCUUUUUUAUUCGUGAUAUUUUUCGUCUCCUUCUCGGGACUCUACUGGAUUUCGACUUCUAGACUAUAAUUAAUAGAUCAAAAUUUUAAACAUAAUAUAUCAUUCUGAAAUUGUUCGCAUUAGCAUAAAUCACAAUUUGAAAUUAGAAUUCGAAAAGUUGAAAUAUAGGAUAUCCGGUUUUAUGUCUCGUAAAAUCGAGAAAGUGUAUGCUUGUUGAGUGUUCACAUAGUGAAGGCUCCGUUCCGAAUAGAUGAGGUCCUCAAAACAACAGGCUCGCUAAUCAGAUUAUAACCAAGAGGAUCCAUCCGACACACAUACUGUUGUACAUAUAGAUGCUGUAUAGAUAUUUAUAUGGUUAAAGACGUAUGUCGUAAUACCUGAAUGUAUUCUAGGGCAUGUAUGUGUGUCCGUGUUACGGGCACUUUGUCUUAAUACUAAGACGGUAAUAAAAAUAGUAUCAUUUAA